GUACAGGUGCUCCUGUGUAUAUAGAGGGAUUACCUACUACAUACAUUGCAAAGUAUCAUCAGAGCUAUACCUGCACGUAUACAGCCAGUGGAGAAACGCCUGAACUUUCCCCGUACAGCCUGUCAUCCUAAUUUACUUCUGACACUAUCUAAAUCUGAAGUGUAACAGCCGCUGAAAGACUACAACACGGGCUUGAUGGGAAAUGUUUCUGGCCGGAGCUCUCUCAGUAGGGCAACUUCACUGAGGGUGAGAGGAGGAGAGACCUCUGAGACAUCUACAAGGGAUCCCUGCAUCUCAGAGGGAACAAUGAGGUUAGUUCGGUACUACAGACAAAUAAUUCUCAAGCUAUGGCCUUUUAUUCUGCUGACAGUUGGGGUUUCUGUUUGGUUUCUGGGCACGGACACCCAUCAAAGGAGGUUCCUCGGCUUGUGUGCUCCUUCGUAUAUUUCCAGAACUUGCCGCGCAAAGAAUAACAUAAUGUUCCUGAAGACCCACAAGACAGCUGGGAGCUCCAUACUAAACAUCUUGCACCGCUAUGGUGACAGAAACUCGCUAAACUUUGCUUUGCCCUAUGAACGUGACUUUAAGUAUUCCCAUUAUUUCAAUGCGAGCCUGGUGAAAGGGUACCACAACGCCAGCCAGCCACCAUACCACAUCCUGUGCCAUCACAUGCGCUUCAACCUCUCAGAGGUUCGCAAGGUCAUGACUUCAGACGCCUUCUACUUUACAAUUCUACGGGAUCCAGCUGCCAUGGCAGAGUCCGCUUUCUCUUACUACCGACUGUACUGUCCCACCUUUAAAACGGCACCAAACCUAAAAGCUUUUAUCUACAAUACUUCUCUUUACUAUCAACCCAACAAUGAAUCUCAUCACUACGCCCGCAACCUUCUGUGGUUCGAUCUUGGUUUUGACCCUGAUGACAUAUUCACAGAGGAUGUGGCAAGUCAGGGUGUAAGGGCAGUAGAAGAUGUCUUCAACCUUGUCCUACUUGCUGAGUACUUUGAUGAAUCCAUUAUUCUUCUCAAAGAAGAACUGUGCUGGGAGCUUGAUGAUAUAGUGACAUUUAAACUCAAUGCUCGGGAGACCCCCACACAACUUGAACCUGAUGAUAUUGAGAGGUUGCGGGCUUGGAACUCUCUGGACUGGUAUCUUUAUGUCUAUUUUAACCGCACUUUCUGGGAAAAAGUGGAGAGAUUUGGCAGGGUGAGGAUGGACAUGGAAUUGAGGAGGUUACGAGAAAGGAGACAACAUCUAGCCGAGAUGUGUCUAGAAAGUUCAAAGCCUUUAAGAGCUGAUCAAAUACAAGAUGAGGCGAUAAAGCCAUAUCAGCCUAAGGAGGAGAAGAUCUUAGGUUGGAAAGUAAGAGAUGAUCUAAGACCCAGCACCAAGGCCAGUUGCAUCCAAAUGAUAACUCCAGAAGUACAAUACAAGUACCUCUUGGAUGACUGGCAAUUCCCAAAAGAUGCACAAUAUAGGGCCAAGAUGCAGUUGUUAUUACAGAAAAAGUCAGGAAAGAGCCCAUGGAAGAAGCCAGAGGGGGCUACAGUGAAUAAACUAGCAGUGCCUCCAGGGAAUAAGCCAGAAGUAAUUGCAGGGAAUAAACCAGAAUUGGUUGCAGGUAAUGAGCCAGAAGUGCCUCCAGGGAAUAAGCCAGAAGUAGUUGCAGGGAAUAAACCAGAAUUGGUUGCAGGUAAUGAGCCAAAAGUGCCUUCAGGGAAUAAGACAGAAGUAGUUGCAGGGAAUAAACCAGAAUUGGUUGCAGGUAAUGAGCCAAAAGUGCCUCCAGGGAAUAAGCCAGAAGUAGUUGCAGGGAAUAAACCAGAAUUAGUUGCAGGUAAUGAGCCAGAAGUGCCUCCAGGGAAUAACACAGAAGUAGUUGCAGGGAAUAAACCAGAAUUGGUUGCAGGUAAUGAGCCAGAAGUGCCUCCAGGGAAUAAGCCAGAAGUAGUUGCAGAGAAUAAGCUAAAUGUUCAGUAGACUCAACGGCAAUAAGACAGAAGUGGAAGCAGGGAAUAAACCAGAAGUGAUUAAGUGAUUAGAGGGAAUAAGUCAAAAGAGGAUGCAGGGAAUAAGCUUAAUAAAUAGACUCCAAGGGGAAGCAAGUGGUUGGCUGUAUAUGAUCAGACCCCACAAAAUCUGCCAGUGGUCAGCUAGCUGAAAAUAAGACAGGGGAACUGACAACUAAGAAUAAGCAAGCAGUUGGAGGGAAAUAAGUGGACUCCAAGAAAUAAAGCAGUGUGUCUUUUAGAUGUCAACAGAUUGCAAAGAGCAUGCCAACAGUUUGAUAGCUGUCAUCCAACUUCAUGGUAAAGACCAACAGUUGGGAAGAUGUUAGUAGACAAAAGCGAAUAAGCUGUUGGUUGGCUUGGCGAAUAUGGACUUCUGGGUAAAAGCCAGUAUUUGGCUAGAUGUAAACUGGUUUAAGGAGUGGUUAGCUAGAUGACCAGCAUAGUUCAGAGAAUAAAUACAUGUUUAGAUGGACAAAAGAUGCCUUGGAAUGAGCCAUUGGCAGUUAGAUGGCCAAAAGAUUCAAAGAACUGCCCAUGGCUUGGUAUAGCAGCGAUCAGCCCCACCAACUCCAUUUUAACAUUCCUUCCUACAAUCCCUAAUUCUCUUCUAUGGGACCUUUCUUCUACAGGCUUUGGACUAAAAUGUACCUCUUCUUUAGGGACCAAGAAAAGAAAUCCACCCAGUGCUAUUUGUAUCUGUGAAAUUACAGUGUGUAUGCUCAUGAUGCCUUAAAGGAACAGCAACACCCUUUGUACAUUAGUUGUGCCACCAAAUCUCCUCGAUUAGCUGCUCCAUCAUCAUCAUCAUCAUCAUCAUCAUCAUUUAUUUAUAUAGCGCUGUCAAGAUACGCAGUGCUUUACUGCAGUUAUAGCAAACAGGGAAUAAAUGGUGGAUAACAGACAAGGAUUACAGAGUACAAUAGGGUUUACAAACUAAAAGGUUCCAGCUCAUAGACCAGUAACAAGACCAGCUCACUCCCCCCCACCCACCAAAUACAUCUCAUUCAAUGUUCAAAGGAGUCAUCAUGGUCAAGGAGUCAUCAUGGUUAAGAAUAUUAAAACCACUGACCUCGGAGGUCCCUUUGAGGUGUACAGCCAAUCAGAGGCUUUCUAUAGGCUUCUAGAAGUCCACCUGGAGUAAACAAAGAGCCAAUCUUAGUAAUAUAGCACAUACCUCCACAUGGAACUUGUGCUCACUUGUACAACUCCUAAAUAUUUCUUAUAUUUGGGAGUAGCCCCUUCCUAUGCUUUUUCUGGUGCCUGCACCCACUGACACCGUGUUUUGCACCCCAGAUUUUGUUAUCCAGUACAAAGUGUGGAGCACAGCAGAGGUGCUCUCAGAAUGAACACUAAGGGGUGCACUCUUAGUGCUCUUGUACUACAUUCUGGGGUCUUUGCCAAUGAUCCCUAGUGGUUAUCCCUGGUAAUGCCUUUAUACUACACACACAGGGCCGCCAUCAGGGGGUCACAGGGGGGGGGACAGUUGUCCCGGGCCCGCAGGAUUUUGUGUCUAAGUGGGGCUCGGCUAUGCUUCACUUAAUUGAUUAGCCGGGCCCCCUGCUUUCAGCGUGCUGCUGCACAAAACAUGACACAGCAGCUCAGUGCACAAUCAUGCACUGAUUUGGAUAAGAGACUAUUAAUAGGAGAGGCCUGAAUAGUAGGGAUGCACCGAAUCCAGGAUUCGGUUUGGGAUUCGCCCUUUUUCAGCAGGAUUUGGAUUGGGCCGUA